AUGUCCGACCAGAUCAUGGCUGCCGCAUCUGCCCAAUCGACCGGGGCGCCCCUCCUCUCCUCUCAUAAUCCACGCGAUAACAUCUUAAAGGCGACAAACCUCCCAUUCGACCAAGACCAAUCUCCCUUUCAAUAUCCAUUCAAGCCUGGCCAACCAAGUCGACCACGCUCAGGCUCGGCAUCCCUCCCUUCCACGUCACACGUCAGUCGCCCGGUCCGCUCGACCGCCUACAGUCCAUCAGGCCGGACGUAUCCGCCGGGUCUGGGACCGCUGAGCACCAUCUCGCCCAUCCAGCUCGGGGCGGCUUUAUCGGAACGUCCAGCAGUACAAUCUGGCGCUCGCAGUCCAGGAAGCAGAGAAGCGCUGUUGGGCCCAGAGUGGAUUGCAGAGCAGCUCAACAGCCGAGCUGGGGCAUCUCAGCCGCGGGCUGGCUGGCAGAGACCUGCUCCGCAGCCUGCACGUACCUCGGCGGGAGCGGAAGUACAGGGCUUUGUCCCCCUCGUCCCCGUACAAGCUGGAGCGGCGUCUACGACGUCGAGGUCUCUCCCUCCUAUCGACCCGGCGACAUUCUGGGCACGCCCUCAUCCUCCCACUUCCAAGCCUCCCGCUCCAAACUUCUUCAACCUACCACAACAUCCUCCAUCUACUCCAUCGCAUGCUCGUAUCCCGUCUCGCGCAUCAACAGUCAAAUACCGCUCACGCUCGCGGCCCACGGCACCCACCAUCGGCUCGGCCGGGUCAGACAUAGACACUGGCGUCGAGUCUGACACCACGGUCCGCCCAGGCCGGCUCAAAGCGCAAUCGUCAUCUCAGCCGGAUCUCGUGGCGUUUCGGAACAGGCUAGAGGGAUGGGCGGGGGAUGUCGCGGCGAGACAGAUGGAGGGGAGAAGGCCGCACAGUACCGUUGCGCCAGCUGCUUCAACGUCCUCUGGGCUGGGAGGGGCGUUCACGCUGCUCCCCAAGGAGAAGCCGGAAGUGUCGCAGGAGACAAAAGGGCUGUCUCGUCGGAAACCCGUCCCUUCCCGACAAUCACCUACGCGUACUAGCCCUCUUCCGACUCAAGGCCUCCCGAGUGUAUCCCCUCGGAGCACUGCCGGCGGUAUCCCACCCCUCACUCCUCUUGCGCCAGAAGUCUCCCUUGCUCCUCUCCACUCUCCGGACGUGCGACCCACUAGCGGAAGCUCGGAGGACGCAGAUGACGACCUCGAUAGCGUCGACUCACCCUCCUCCGACUCUAUCUCUUUCGGCUCGAAACGGCGCCAAUACAUACGUCGUCGGGUAUCUGUCAAAGACAAGGAGAAGGACAAGGCGGAAGACACCUCACGUCCAGUCGGCGGGCUCGGUCUGAGCUUGACAGAUGAGCCGAUCGCGGACGCCGGCCGGGGGAACGUUGUUGAUGAUGGAGUGGAGGACAACCUGUUCUCCCUUCGCCUAUUGGCGGUCUUCCCAGCGGUAUGGGCGUUCUUGUACCUCAUACAGGCGGCGGUGACUGGUGGGAUCUGGGUGAACCUGUAUCCAUGGGGAGUGAUCACUACCCGUGCGGCGUUGGAUCGGAUCAUGACAGGCUGGACGCCAGACGGGAUCUGGGAAUCAAAGAACAGAGGAGACUUGGUGCUUUCUGCUGCCUGGUCUAUCCUUACCGGCCACUACUGCUUCGAAAUGACUACCGGCCUCACCUAUCGCUGGCGUGUCUACUAUAAUCUCCCCGCCACCAUCACCCGCCUCCUCUCCAUCCAGUGCAUCUGCUGGCCCCUUACCGGUCUCACGCUAUGGACACUCGGUCCCGACCGGAUCCUCUUCGCAUGGGUCGUCAUUGGCUGUACCACUGCCGGCAGCCGCAGCGUCCAGAUCUACGUCACGUCCAAUAUCAUCGUCGGCGGUUCGGGAGCGGACCUGACUCCCCGGCGAAAGGUCUCAAAUCCCCUUCCUAGUCGCGGUCGGAGUCCGCGGCAUCGGGCUCCGGAGACGGGGGGAGUGGGGCAGACUGGAAGUGGGUUUAACGGGCAGAAAUGGCAGCCGGCGUGGCUGGACCGGUUCAAGAUGGACAGGCAGUGGGACUGGUAUCUCCUGGCAAGGGAGGUGGGGUGGAAGUUGGGGAUGAUGCUCUUAAUCACCACGGCCUGGCUGUUUUUGGGCAUCGAGACGGGGCGAUUCGUCAGGGGAGAGGUAUGA